AUGGAAGUUGUCCACAAAACCAGAGGCAGUAUCGGAGAAACCAUGGAAAGAAGAGAAGGAGGAAUCCAGCGAAAACGAGUUGCUGUACUCUUCGAUCUAGAUGCAUCUCCCUCCCAUCCCUACCAAGCAGCUCACAUCGUCGGAGAAGAUGGAUGCUUGACAUCUUUUAACAUCGGAGAUGCCCCCAAUCCCAGCGCAGUUGGCGAGUGUACAUACUAUACCAGGGGAUAUUGUCUCCCACUUGUGUGCUCUUCAUAUGUUCCAAGCUUAGUACAACUGCAAAUCAACAAGCCGGGCAAAUAUGUUCCAAGCUUAGUGCAACUGCAGAUCAACCAACCGGGCAAAUGGAAAGAACGUGUCCUAGACACAGGUGGUGCGUUGAUCAGUGUGAUAGCUAACGCACGCAAAGGCAGAAGCAGCACCCGUGUCGUUGCAAAGCAAAGCAAUAAUACCACAUCCCACCUGCAUUUUAACUGGCCAUUUUGCUCCCAAAAGUUUUCUUCUUCUGUUUUGAGUAUUUUAGCGACUCAUUUUUCCAGAGAAGCCCCAACUUGUGAAGAGACAAGUUGUUCAGAUUCUCCAGUGGAGAAUUAG